UUUUAUUUAUGGCUACAGCUUUUGGUGGGAUGAUGAUGAUGAGUGGUCAGAGGGAGAAGAGGGAGCAGACUGGGAGGAGGAGGGGUCAGAAACUGAUGUUCCUUCUUAAGGAAAUUUAUUCCCUGAAACGAGGGGACUGCACAUGUCUGAAUUUCCCCUGAUCUUCCUAAGAAAUAGGGGGAGGAGAGAGAAGGAAAUAGAUCUUUAUAUUUCCUGAUAAAGUUCCUCAAUUUGCCGCUCAUAUUAUAACCCAGCAAGAGGAGAAAUUUGAAAACAAGAGCAAGAUGGUUCUACUUGGUGUUUAUGAGCAAGAGGAAGAUGGAGACCGUGUAUACCUGGCAGAGACGGAAGAAGCCAAGGCACCCAGAACAGACAGAUUCUUCCUCCGGUGGAAAUGGAGCUCCUCUUUCCUGGUUUAUGGGCUCCUGGCACUCGCUUACCUGCUGAUCAUCAUCUUGCUGGGGCUUCUGCUCUCCAAUGAAUCAAAGUUUUCCUCAGAAGCGAAAAAGUUACAUAAACAGCUUGAAAUGAGCAAGGAGCUGUUCCCAUGUGGUUCCAGAAGCAGGGAAUGGGAAUACUUUGACGGUCGGUGUUAUUACUUCUCCCUCCGGAAGGCUACUUGGCACACGGCCAAGUCACUUUGUGCAGAGCGCAAUUCAAGCCUGGUGGUUAUUCAUGAUGAAGCCAAGCAGAAUUUCCUAGAAUCUCGAACCAAGAAUGAGCGUUAUUGGAUUGGACUCACUGAUAUCAAUGAAGAAGGGCAAUGGAGGUGGAUUGAUGGCAUCAGUUACUUAAACAACUACAAGAAAUGGAGACAAGGCGAGCCCAACGACCAUGAAACGAAGGAAGACUGUGCCCAGAUCCAUGAGGCUGGGGAAUGGAAUGAUGUGCCCUGUAACUUUCAAAGCUUCUAUGCAUGUGAGAAACCUUUGCCUUCCUGAGGAAGAACAUGAAAAAGGC